UGUAAAGUUUUGUGAUCUUUAAUUAGUUUUUUUAUUUUAAAUUAAUAAUGUCUGAACGAAAAUUAAGAGUUGAAAUGUGGAAAACUAUGCUUAAUUUAGUAUCUAGUAGUAUCGAAAAUAAUCAAAUUGAUCAAAUAAUAUCUGUUGCAAGAGAAAAUUUGAUUUAUGAUGAUCCAGGCUUGUUAUCGGAGUCACUUGAUGAUAGUGAUGCUAUACAGUUAGAAGAAACUUUUAAUAUGUGGCUUAUGAAUCAGAUUUUAUACAGCGAAAGUAUUAGCCAGAGUCAAAGUGCGAUUGAGGAAUUAAUAGACUUUCAAGCAGAAUUUUUAGUUGGAUGUUUUCGCAAAAAAAGAGCCUUAUUUUCAAAAUUUGUGAAUAUUUAUAUAUCCUUUACAAAGAAUUUGCUUAAUUUAUACGGGACUCGUAAAUUUCCAGAAAUAUUUGAAAUUUUUUACACAAAUGAUGCAGAAAAUAUUCAGAAAUUUGAACCACAAGCGUUAUAUUAUAAAAUUGAAUUUAAAGAAAAUGAACUGGAAAGUAAUAUGAGAAAAAUUGAAACGCUACUAGGGAGUAAUAUUAAAAUAUUUCAAAAUUUAAUGCCAUUGAGUACAAUGUGGUUUACUAUUGAAAAUAUGCAAGUUAUGCGAAAUGUUUUAGAAGCAUUUGAUAUAUGUUCUUGGAACAUAAAAAUUAUAUAUCAAAUGAGAGGAUUUUCCAAGUUGAUUUUAAAAAUACCUUUGGCUUUAGAAAUAGACUGCAUAGAACACCGACAAGCCGAGAUACUUUUAAUCAACACAUUAAAUUAUUUUAAAGAAACUCAAGCAUACGUAAAAGAAAAAAAAUUAAACAAAGACCACGUAAAGAUGGAAAAGUUAAUAUUAAUCAUUGGGAAUAUUCUUAACAUCUUGUUAUCAAAAUCAUUUAACAAUAUUCUACCCGAAAUCGUUAAAGACCUUUACAAAGUUUUGAUAAACAUUUUAGAAGAAAUUUUGUUAAUAAACUAUGACUUAUGUUUUAACGAAAGUCAAGUGGAAGAGUUGAUUACAUUAGCAAAAAAUCAUUCUGAAUUUUUUCUUACAUUCACAUCAUUAGUAUUAAAAGACAUUCGAAGCUCGCAACAAGAUAAAAUAAACUUAAAUGAAAUCAGCCAAAAUUGGAUCAAAGUAGAAAUUAUUACUGAAGAAAAUGUUUGUAACACAACCUUCGUUAAUAUAAUCAAUCAUUGCGAUUUUUCAAAAUCAUCCAGAAUUUUGAAUAAUUGGACUUAUUUUCUACCAAAAAUUUGUAUUUUAACAUUGCAAUAUGAAAAAGAUGUGAAAGAUGAACUUUUAUUAAGAUAUAUUGGUGAUUUACUAAAUAUGUUAACAAAAUAUGCAUUGUGUAAUGGUUUACCCGAAAAGCAAAUUUAUUAUGUUAUCAAAUUAUGUAUAAUGUUUUUAAUAAGAUAUGAAUCGCAUGUUCCGUACUUGGCAAUUGAAUUGGCUCAUAAUGUGUGCUCGGAAAACAAUAUCACAACAAAUAAUAUUUUGAAUUGGUAUCAAAGAGAAAUUUUACAAUUAAUAGCCAACUUGUGUAAUGCGAUUUAUCUAUGCCACGGGAUACGGUUAACAAAAUCUUUAGAAUAUGUAUCCUACUUAUUUGGCUACAAAGGUUCGCGUGAAUUUAUUCUUCGACAUCAAGAUUUGUUUAUUACAAUGAUAUUACCUCAAGUGAUUAUAAAUGAAGAAUGCGAAAAAUUGCUAGAAGAAGCUGCUCUAUAUGCAAAAAUUACAGUCCAAGAUCUAUUAAAAAGUGCAUUUUUAACGUUUUAUUUAGAACAUUUUAUCAGAGAAAAAUCAAAUUAUUUUAAAGGUUGUCUUGAUUACAUAAUGAAAAAAACAAAUUCAGACUUUUUUAGCUUAAUUAGUCCAGAGAAUAAGAAAACUGUUGCCAAAAUGCUUAUCUAUUAUCACAGAAAUCCAAAAGUUGUAAUGGAAACAUUUCGUUGUUUGAUAUUAAAAGAAGGAAAUCCAAACAGCAUUUCCUCCCAAUCAACAUUAACUCAAGGAAAUGUAGCAGACAUUACGAAUUUUUUGGCAGAAGGAUUCUUAGGAGUUUUAAAUUAUUUUGAAAUGUAUUUAAUGGGUUGUGAUUUUCAAAAAGAUUUAAAACCAGAAAUUUUACUCAGUCUUGGGGAAAUAAUGAGAUUUUUGGGAACAAAAUACGUUACGCAAUUUCAUUUCAAAAUUUUAGCUAUGUUAAGCACAACAUUGACCUUAAAAGAUCCAUAUCUAAGAAAAAUAUGUAUAGAAAUUUGGAAAAUUUUUAUUAAUAAUGUAGAUGUUGCAACUUUGGGACCAUCUUUAAGUCGAAUUGUUGCUUCAUUGGAGCCUCUUUUGAAUACAAAUCAAGAACAAAUUAACUCAAUUUAUAAUUUUUUAAUAAUUGAAAAUGGUAACCUUCUUAGUACAUACAUAGCUGAUUUGUUUUUUAUAAGUAAAUUGAAUGUUUCACAAAAUAUUCGAUUAUUUGUUACUCAACGUACAGAGAAAAAGUUAAGGACAAAUAAUUUGCAGGAUAAAAUUGAAUUUUAUUUAAAACAAGUAACACAUGAAAAUGUUAUUAUACGUGUUUAUGGCUUAAAAUAUUUAAAGGAGGUGUUUUCAGAAAAUCGUCGUGAACUUAAUAAAAUGAUAUUGGGACAAAAUUUUAUAAAUCCAAUCUUAGAAAAUGUUUUAGGAAAUUUAAUGGUUGGGUGUAAGCAUUCUGAUUCAAAUUUGAAAUUAAUCUCUUCAAAAUGUAUCGGUGAGCUAGGUGCAAUCGAGCCUGGCUUAAUGAGGCCAAAUUAUUCUGCACAAGAAAGAAUAUUUCCGCUAUCAAUACAUUCGGAUGCUUUUGCAAUUAUGGCUUUGAAAGAAUUGUGUAAGGCAUACCAAUUUCAAAAGGAUACACAUUAUGUGGAUAACUUUUCAUUGGGAAUACAAGAAAUUUUAAGAACAUUUGGUGUUUGCCCAAAACGAAAAAAUAAAAUGGAGGUGUGGAAUGCCAUUCCAGAAAGAAUGAGACAGAUUAUGGAGCCGCUUUUAACAUCUUGUUAUACUGGAAUGCAAAAAGUAGAGAACGCUCAAACUCAUCCAAUUUUUGGAAGUGAAUGUGCGAAAACCUAUAUUCUUUGGGCUUUCAGUUGGGCAACAAAUAUUGUUCAUUCCAUUGAAGAUAUGGAUACCAAACAUUUAUUAAAUUCUCUUCUUCCAAGUUUAAGGCGAGAUAUAAAUAUUUUAGAUGCAUUUUUACCUUAUGUAAUAUUACAUGGACUACAAAACAGAAAUCAACAAAAUCGCGAUCAUAUAUUUGAGGAGUUGAAUUGCGUUUUUAAAAACGUGCUAAAUAAGCAACCAAUCAACACGUCUUUGAAAACUAAAAACCGUGAAGAUUUCAUUGAAUUAGUAGCAAGUUUAACGAAAACAUCUAAAAAAUCUCAGGAGCAUGAAGAAAACCAUUUGAAUAUGGAAAACAUCGGUAGAAAAUGUGCUAAAAUUGGAUUCGAUUUGCUUGACUUUUUAGAACGAUGGAUGCGAGAAUAUUAUUCUGUUUAUUCAAAUAAAACUGAAUCAAACUAUAUAGCUGUUAAAGAUUUUAUAAAUUCUUUUGACAAAUUUGAAUUGGCUCAAGUUAAUUUCGAAUGUGGAGAGUAUGCAAGAGCUUUAAAAUAUUGCGAAUGGUAUUUAAAAAAAACUUGCACGCAAAAUUAUAAUAAGAUUUUGCAAGAAAUUUUGUCCUUUUUAAUUAAAAUUUAUGUAGAAUUGAUGGAUACGGAUUCGUUGGAGGGUUGCAUGUAUUUGAAACAAAGUGAGCCAUCUUUACAGGAACAAAUACUAGUUAACAGUAUGACUGACAAAUUGCAAGAAACAGCAGCUUGUUAUGAACAACUGAUCAAAGAGAAAGAAGGUGCAAAUGAACUGGAUGCACUAAACAGUACGGAUUGGGAUGGUCUUGUGGAAUGUUUUUUGCGUUUAGAUACACCUGAAACGGCUUUGCUUAUUAGUCAAGGUGUAAUGAAAAAGCUAAGUACUAAGCUAAAUAACGAUUGCUUGAAGGAAUCUCAAAUAGAGCCCUUGUGGCGGUUGGGAAGAUUUGAAGAGCUAGAAGAACUUUUACAACAUCCGCUUUUUGAUGAUAGUAAAAGCUGGAAUGUACUAUAUGGUAAGGCUUUGCUUCUGUUUCAUAAAGAUGAUGUUACUUUGGAUACAUUUGAAAAAAAUAUUGAUGACAUACGUCACAGUGUUUUGAAAAUAAUGAAAUUUGGAGCGGCUGACUGUGAUUCGUAUCAUAAAGGAUAUUCUCAGGUAAUAAAAUUGCACUUAUUAACAGAUAUUGAGAAAUGUCGUUACUUGAUUGAUAGGAUCUUAAAUAUACCAUAUGAACAUGAGUCGAUUCCAAUUUUAACCACUUUUUUUGAUGAAUGGAACGCCCGUUUAGGAUUUUUGCAACCAACAAUUAAAGUUACAGAGCCCUUUUUAUGCCUCCGUCGUAUUUUACUAAAUGAAGUUAAACAUAAGCUAAAAACAAAUCAAAACUAUAGCAUUUUUGAGGAACUAAUUAACAAUGAAAUAGGAAAAUUGUGGAUUAGGAGUGUACAAUUAAACCGCGAAGCCCGAUGUUAUCAACAAGCUCACCUAAAUAUAUUAAACGCAGCAAAAUAUAAUCCAGAUAACUUAUUUAUAGAGCAAGCAAAACUAUUUUGGAUGAAAAAUGAUCAACCUAAUUCAUUCAAGGUGAUUGAAGAUAAAAUUUUAGAAAUCGAAAAAUCAGGAAUUGACUCUUUACCUGUGGACAAGAGAUUGUUGUACGCAGAAGCCAAAUUUUUGCAAGCUUCCUAUAAUGCCGAAUCUAUGAAUAUUAAUCCUGAUCUUAAUAAGAAGUACUUCAAUGAAUCUAUUAAAAACAACAAUAAAUCAGAAAAAUGUUACGUUGCACUAGCUGAAUAUCAUGAUAAAAUUUUUGCAACUUUAGAAGAAUCAGUACAACAAAGUGAAUAUGGGCAAAGAACAUUGUUGUCAAUACUAUAUAAUUACUCAAAGUCACUACAGUAUGGUUGUGAAUUCUUGUAUCAAUCCAUGCCGCGUAUGCUUAGUAUAUGGUUUGAUAUAAACGACAUUAAUAAUGGUGGUGUCUAUAGAAUUCAGGGCAACAGCUCCCAGGCAACAAAUCCAUAUUUAAAAAAAAUUAAUGAGUUGAUGGAUCAAUCAGCCCAAGUUUUGCCUUUGUUUCUUUACUUUACGGCGUUUUCACAAAUAAUUAGUAGAAUAUGUCACCCUUCAGAGGCGGUUUGGAAGACAAUCAAGAACAUUGUAGUACGACUGAUUGAAAAAUAUGCGCAACAUUCCCUUUGGAUGAUAUUACCAGUAUUCAAGUCUUCAUUGCCGAGUCGAAUUAGACGAUGCCAUGACAUUUUCAACGACAAACGCUUGAGGAAUAUCCAAAUGCAAAAAUUAAUAAAAGAUUUCAAUUCAUUUGCUGAGAAAUUUAUUGAAUUCACUAAUUUUCCGAUUGAAAGAGGUCAAACUCCAACAGUGAGCAGUCUUGUCCCAUUGUUACCAAAAAUUUUUCGAGAACGAGACUUUUCAUUAGUCAUGAUACCGUUUGAAAAAUUUUUACAAAUGAGUUUACCAAGUUUAGGACAACGUAAUUGUUCUUUGAAUUCUUUUAAUCCGUUUCCAAAUGAUUUGGUGUAUAUAUACGGGAUACGGGAGGAAAUAGUAAUAUUAAAUUCCUUACAACGUCCAAAGAGGACUGUCCUUAUAGGAAGCGAUGGAAAAGAAUAUACGGUGUUACUGAAACCAAAUGAUGAUUUACGAAAAGAUUUUCGUUUGAUGGAAUUUAAUAAUAUAGUUAAGCAAUAUUUAUACCAGGAUGCAAAAGCUCGCCAACGUCGUUUAGGUAUAAGAACGUAUGCUGUAAUGCCACUAAAUGAAGAGUGUGGUAUAAUUGAAUGGGUGAAUGACCUAAAACCAUUCAGGCAAAUUUUGAUUGAACUUUAUAAAUCUCGCAAAAUUAGUAUUAUGUCAGUAAGAGAAUUGAAAAAAUUUGGUGAAAAAGAAAAUGAUAUACAAAAACGCCGUGAAAGAUUUUUGAAAGAGUUGUUACCGCGUCAUCCACCGAUAUUUUACGAAUGGUUUUUGGAACGAUUUAGUAAUCCACAUAAUUGGUAUCAAGCACGCACAACUUUUAUACAGUCAACCGCUGUUAUGUCAAUUGUUGGUUACAUAUUGGGGUUGGGUGAUCGUCAUGGUGAAAAUAUUUUAAUGGAUGGUCAAACUGGUGACGCGGUUCACGUCGAUUUCAAUUGUUUAUUUAAUCGAGCUGAAUUGUUUGCAUUUCCUGAAAAAGUUCCUUUUCGUUUGACGCAUAAUAUGGUUGACGCUAUGGGUCCUUUGGGAACUGAGGGACCAUUUAAAAAAUGCUGUGAAAUUACAAUGCAUGUUUUAAAGGCUAAUACCCCAAUAUUAAUGUCAGUUUUGAAGCCAUUCAUUUAUGAUCCCUUAGUUUCUUGGAAUAAAAAAUCAAUGAAAACCGAUCGAAAUUUGGAGAGGACUGAUGAUGGAGCAAUUAUAAAUGUUCAAAGAACUGAAGCAAGACUGAAAGGACUCGUCAACCACGAGACAGUAGGAGCCAAUAUGCCCUUAUCUUGUGAAGGUGUUGUUAACUACGUAAUACAAAAAGCUGUCGAUAUUGAUAAUCUGGCAGCUAUGUAUGUUGGUUGGGGACCAUACCUUUGAGAUUAUUUCAAGUAAACCCUUUGUAUGUAUUUUUUGAAAAUCAGU